GCGCUGGGUGGGAUCUGGAGGCAUUCGUACUCUUAACUCCUUCCCAACCCACCGGGACCCAGCCGAACAGUAAACACGGGCACUGGCAGGGCCGUCGGUUCAUUAGUUCUUUCCUCGUUCCGUAACCGGUUGCCAUUGCAGGGAGAACAGGUUUUGCCCUUUCGUCAGCCACAGCAACUCGUCUGCAGCCUUCUCCCCCCACAAAGCAACCUGAUCUCCCGCAUGUUUCCAGCUUUUCCCCAACUACAUUUCGCAUCGCUAAGGUUGUCAACUUACAAAGGCACCGGGAGCUGGGCAUAGUUCCUCCCUUCUCCUGCGGGUGGGGGAAUGGAACCAGCCCGCAUUUCCCCCAUCACCGCGCACGCUGGCCGGGAGAGCUCCAAUUUAAACCGCGUUGACAAAGUUUGCUACGCGUGAAGGACCGGAAGGAGAGGAUCACUGGGCUUUGAGCUAUCCGCAUUGUGGAAAAUUCCAGCAGUCCCCCAUAGACUUUCACACGGGAAUCUACACCUACAACCCAGCCCUGGAGCCCAUUCAGUUAAUGGGCUACAACCUGUCAGCAACACAGAAACUGUCAUUAACCAACGAUGGCCAUGCUGUGAAAGUCACUCUGCCGCCGACCAUGCACAUAAUCAGCAUGUCGCAUCGCUACACCGCAGUGCAGCUCCACCUGCACUGGGGCAGUGAGACGGAGCCUGUGGGGUCCGAGCACACCAUCAGCGGGAGGCAUUAUCCAUCUGAGUUGCACAUUGUUCACUACAACUCCGAGAAAUACGAAAAUGUCUCCGUAGCAAUAGACAAAGAAGACGGACUGGCUGUCCUGGGAAUUCUGAUCCAGGUCAGGCAGUUCAAUGCUGCUUACAACCAGAUAUUUCAGCACCUGAAAGAAAUUCAGUACAAAGGUGAAGAGGUCCUGAUACCCGGUUUUAAUAUCAACGAUCUUCUCCCAAGUCAACUGGAUGAAUACUUCCGCUACAACGGAUCGCUGACCACCCCUCCCUGCUACCCCAGUGUGCAGUGGACCGUCUUCAGGGAACCAGUAGAGAUCUCCAGUGAACAGCUUUUAGAGUUGGAGAGUGACUUGUACUUCUCAAACAUGAGUGAGCACAGUCGAGCGGAGAUGGUGAACAAUUACAGGCAUGUUCAGGAGCUCGGAGAGAGAAAGGUUCUGAUUUCAUUCCAAGAGGCUAGGUAUGCUGGGCACAGCCCGACUCCAGGUGUGCUCAUCCCGGUUGCUUUAGGCUGUGUGCUUCUUGUCGUGAUUGCCUUGUUACUGACCAUCUACUUUCUGAAGAGAAGAGCAGGUAAAACGUCUGAAAGCCGAGGGGCGGCCUAUGCAGCGGCGGCUGCAGAAGACAGAGCUGCACAGGCCUAAGCUGUGAAGAGUUUGGGAAAGGGAUACUCGGACACCCGUACACGGAUUUACCUGCAGAUGGAGAACUCAGAAACCUGAAGUCAGAUCAGCUUUCAGCAGCCUGGAGUGACGUCAUCCGUAUCGACCUUUUCGGAAUUCUGGACGUAAUUCUUCACAGUUGAUUCAAACAUUCUAUUUUAAUGGCAAAUUUUCAUGUAUUGAAGAGGACAGACUGGGAUUCAGCUGCUGGAAACAUGGUGGAACCUGUACGUGGUGUUCCAGUGACCCAGCGUGGACUGUUCAUAGUGACUCAGUGAUAAGACCAUAAUCAGAAUCAGCAUAUCACCAGCAUAUGUCGUGAAAUUUGUUAACUUUUCAGCAGCAAUAAAAUGCAACACAUAAUAAAAGAAAAGAAAAAAAACUACAAAUUACAGUAGAUAUAUAAUAGUUAAGUAGUGUAAAAAUAGAAACAAGAAAAAGUGGUGAGGUGGUGUUCACGGAUUCAAUGUCCAUUCAGAAAUUGGAUGGCAGAGGGGAAGAAGUUGUUCCUGAAUCACUGAGUGUGUGCCUUCAGGCUUCUGUACCUCCUACCUGAUGGUAGCAAUGAGCAGAGGGCAUGUCCUGGGUGAUGGGGCUCCUUGAAGAUGUCCUGGAUACUAUGGAGGCUAGUGCUCACGAUGGAGCUGAGUAAGUUUACUUCGAUCCUGUGCAGUAGCCCCCCCACCCCCCGCACAACACCCAUACCGGGCAGUGACGCAGCCAGUUAAAAUGCUCUGCACUGUACACCUGUAGAAAUUUGCAAGUGUUUGAGGUGACGUACUAAAUCAACUCAAACUCCUGAAAAAAUAUUAUCGCUGCUGUGCCUUCUUUGUA